GGCGGAGAAUCUCACUCUGCAUCAUGGCUGCGGAAGAUGUAGCUGCCCGGUCCCGAACCGCCCCCCUCUUCCCCAGGGUACCCUUCUCCCCAGCCCGGCUGCUGUUCCUCUCUCUCCUCUCCCUCUGCCUCAUCCCCUCCCCGUCCCUCGCCCUGCUCGGCUUCCGUCCGGAGGAGACCGGGGGAGAGCUGUCCGUGGACGACGGGGUGCUGAAAGCCACGGAGGGAACCCGCUUCAUGCUGCGGGUCUACUACGCCUCAUCCCCACAGAGGCUCAACCGGACCGCUGGGGCCAGAGCCAACGCCGCUCCCUGGAUAGCAUUCAUCGAGGAGCCGAGGCCGGGGAGAGAGGGGCAGGUCCACCCGAAGCGGAAUAUGUGCAUGGAUAAAAACGCCAGGAGCUCGGAUAUUGAGAUCUUGGGCUCUUUCAAGUCCGCUUCGAGUCAGAACUCCGUGUUGGUGGAAGUAUUGGCUAAGAACCUGCGCAGGGGAGAGAAGAUGAAGUACUAUUCGAUUUGCGCCUUCGACGGGUCCAAAUGGGAACACUACCGGACCCGGGAUUUCUGGGUCGCCGUGGUGGAGCGCGGGGCCGAACCGGACCUCUGGCUUCAAGUGUUAGUAUCGGUUCUGUUACUGGCCCUCUCGGCGCUCUUCAGUGGCCUGAACCUCAGUCUGCUGGCGCUGGACCCAGUGGAGCUCCAGGUUCUGCAGAACAGCGGCACGGACAAGGAGCAGAAAUACGCGAGGAAAAUCGAGUCCGUGCGGCGGCACGGUAACUACGUCCUGUGCACUUUGCUGCUGGGCAACGCGCUGAUCAACGCGGCGCUCGCAGUGUGGAUGUGUCAGAUCCUGGGGAUGACCUGGUUCUCCACCAUUAUCUGCGCCUUUGGGAUCUUUUUCAUUGGGGAGAUCCUGCCACACUCUGUUGCGUCGCGGCACGGCCUGGCCAUUGCGUCCAAAACCAUCUGGGUAACCCGUCUUCUCAUGGUUCUCUCCUUCCCCAUCUCCUACCCCAUCAGUAAACUCCUCGACUUCAUCCUCCACCAGGAGAUCAGUAACUUUUAUACGCGGGAAAAACUCCUUGAGAUGCUGCGCGUGACCGACCCGUACCACGACCUGGUUAAAGAGGAGCUCAACAUCAUACAGGGUGCGCUCGAGCUCCGGACCAAGACCGUAGAAGAUGUUCUGACUCCGCUAACCGACUGCUUCAUGCUCACCUCGGAAGCGGUGCUGGACUUCAACACCAUGUCGGAGAUUAUGCAGAGCGGCUACACGCGCAUCCCGGUGUUCGAAAACCUGCGGUCGAACAUUGUGGAUAUUCUGUUCGUGAAGGACUUGGCGUUCGUUGACCCGGAUGACUGUACCCAUCUGAAGACCAUAACACAGUUCUAUAAACACCCCAUGCACUGUGUGUUCAACGACACCAAACUGGACGCCAUGCUGGAGGAGUUCAAGAAGGGCAAGUCCCACCUGGCCAUCGUCCAGCGGGUCAACAACGAGGGUGAGGGUGACCCCUUUUAUGAGGUCAUGGGCAUCGUGACCCUGGAGGACGUUAUAGAGGAGAUCAUCAAGUCAGAGAUACUGGACGAGACUGACCUCUACACUGAUAACCGUUCUAAGCGUCGUGUUUCUCACCAUGAGAGGAAGCAGCAGGACUUCUCCAUCUUUAAGCUGUCGGAGAACGAGAUGAAGGUGAAGAUCUCUCCCCAGCUCCUCCUCGCCACGCACCGCUUCCUCUCCACAGAGGUGGAGCCCUUCAAGCCAGCCCACCUAUCAGAGAAGAUCUUACUGCGUCUCAUUAAACACCCCAGUGUGGUCCAGGAGCUGAGCUACGAUGACAAGAACAAACUGGCUCCACAGCACUUCUUGUUUCAGAGAAACAAACCUGUUGACUACUUCAUCCUGUUACUACAGGGUCGUGUGGAGGUGGAGUUUGGUAAAGAGGCACUGAGGUUUGAGAACGGAGCGUUCACCUACUAUGGGGUGCCUGCCAUCAUGCCCACAGUCCACAGAUCCCCCUCCCGUAGCAGUGGUCUGGACCGGUCUGACUCUAUGCUGUAUGGGGGCAGUCUGGGCCAACUCAACGGAGGGGGGAGCGUCUACCUGCCUGACUACUCUGUUAGGCAGCUCACACACCUGCAGAUCAUUAAGAUCACCCGUAGCCACUACCAGAACGCCCUGACAGCCACUCUGAUGGACAGCUCCCCCCAGACCCCCGACACAGACGCCCGGCCCACAGACGGGAACACUCCCGACCUCCCUGUCCCGGAGCAGAGUGGAGACCACCUCCUCCCCCCCAGAGAGACCCGGCCCAGCUCGGCCAGAACCAGAGGACAGCAGUCCUCCGUCCCACACAGCACCUCUCUGCUCAACGAGAAGAACCGCAUCGUCCGCAGUAAAUCAGACGGUCAGAACAGCCCCAGUGACUGUGUGUAUCAUAACUGUCCUGUCUCCCCCUACAGGCAGUAAAUCAGACGGUCAGAACAGCCCCAGUGACUGUGUGUAUCAUAACUGUCCUGUCUCUCCCUACAGGCAGUAAAUCAGACGGUCAGAACAGCCCCAGUGACUGUGUGUAUCAUAACUGUCCUGUCUCCCCCUACAGGCAGUAAAUCAGACGGUCAGAACAGCCCCAGUGACUGUGUAUCAUAACUGUCCUGUCUCCCCCUACAGGCAGUAAAUCAGACGGUCAAAACAGCCCCAGUGACUGUAUAUCAUAACUGUCCUGUCUCCCCCUACAGGCAGUAAAUCAGACGGUCAGAACAGCCCCAGUGACUGUGUGUAUCAUAACUGUCCUGUCUCUCCCUACAGGCAGUAAAUCAGACGGUCAGAACAGCCCCAGUGACUGUGUGUAUCAUAACUGUCCUGUCUCCCCCUACAGGCAGUAAAUCAGACGGUCAGAACAGCGCCAGUGACUGUGUGUAUCAUAACUGUCCUGUCUCCUCCCUACAGGCAGUAAAUCAGACGGUCAGAACAGCCCCAGUGACUGUGUGUAUCAUAACUGUCCUGUCUCUCCCUACAGGCAGUAAAUCAGACGGUCAGAACAGCCCCAGUGACUGUGUGUAUCAUAACUGUCCUGUCUCCUACCUACAGGCAGUAAAUCAGACGGUCAGAACAGCCCCAGUGACUGUGUGUAUCAUAACUGUCCUGUCUCCUCCCUACAGGCAGUAAAUCAGACGGUCAGAACAGCCCCAGUGACUGUGUGUAUCAUAACUGUCCUGUCUCUCCCUACAGGCAGUAAAUCAGACGGUCAGAACAGCCCCAGUGACUGUGUGUAUCAUAACUGUCCUGUCUCCUCCCUACAGGCAGUAAAUCAGACGGUCAGAACAGCCCCAGUGACUGUGUGUAUCAUAACUGUCCUGUCUCCUACCUACAGGCAGUAAAUCAGACGGUCAGAACAGCCCCAGUGACUGUGUGUAUCAUAACUGUCCUGUCUCCUCCCUACAGGCAGUAAAUCAGACGGUCAGAACAGCCCCAGUGACUGUGUGUAUCAUAACUGUCCUGUCUCCCCCUACAGGCAGUAAAUCAGACGGUCAGAACAGCGCCAGUGACUGUGUGUAUCAUAACUGUCCUGUCUCCUCCCUACAGGCAGUAAAUCAGACGGUCAGAACAGCCCCAGUGACUGUGUGUAUCAUAACUGUCCUGUCUCCUCCCUACAGGCAGUAAAUCAGACGGUCAGAACAGCCCCAGUGACUGUGUGUAUCAUAACUGUCCUGUCUCCUCCCUACAGGCAGUAAAUCAGAUGGUCAGAACAGCCCCAG